AAAUAAAAAAGAAAUGUCUUACUUACACGUUUAAGUGGCUAUUUUUUAGAGUAUCUAGUAGUGUAUGCCUGUUUAAAACCGCUCAAUUUGUCACACAGAUACUCUGAAAAUUCUACUAUAAUGCAGCACAACUUAACGAAUUGGAAAAUUUUGUAACAAUAAUAAUUGGGCUGUUGGACGGGGCCGAAUUGCAGUAAUUCGCCGAGCAACGAAAACGCGUCACUUUUUACGCCCAAAAAUAAGUUAAAUGGUUAAGGGAUAAAUACAUUUCUAAACUGAGGCGGGAGGGAGAGAAAACAGAAACCGUUUCAUCACUCAGUGGGCAGUUGUCAGGUGGAAGAGCAAGGAGGCGCUGCCGCACGCACAAAUACACACACUCACACAGUCACGCAGAAAAUUUUAGGCUCCAAAAUUUCUCCCUCCAACCCGCCGGAGGAGCGUGUCUCUCGUUUCUUUCCUAACGCCGGCCGAGGAGUUAAUUCACUGAAUUUUUACUGGUUCCAGUUCAAGAUGAAAUUCUACGGCGUCGCGUUGAUUUUGUCUCUGGCGGUUCUGCUAUUAUUCUGCGGUUCUGUUGCGGCUAUUAAGCAAGGCGACACCUGCGUUGCGAAUAACUGCGAUGCAGGGUUACAUUGUGAGACCUGUCUAGCGAUUGGCGAUGUUCGACCUCGUUGCACAAGAACCAAGCCCACUAAUCCUUUCUCGAGGGUGUCAGGGUUGCCGUUUAAUCGGUACUCAUGGUUAACAACUCACAAUGCGUAUGCUAGAUUGGGGGAGAGGUCGGCCACGGGAUCGGCGAUCUUAGCUCCGACGAAUCAACAGGACUCCAUAACUGGUCAACUCAAUAAUGGUGUUAGAGGAUUGAUGCUGGACUUUUAUGACUUUGAGAAUGACAUUUGGUUAUGCCACUCCUUUGGUGGUACCUGCUACAAUUUCACAGCCUUUCAACCGGCGAUUAAUGUCUUGAACGAGGUUCAAGUAUUUCUGGAAGCAAAUCCUUCUGAAAUUGUCACAAUCAUAAUUGAAGACUACGUUACAUCUCCUAAUGGUCUAACUAAAGUGUUUAACGCCGCUGGUCUGAGAAAAUUCUGGUUUCCAGUGUCGAGGAUGCCCAAAAAUGGUGGAGAGUGGCCAACAGUAGAUGAUAUGAUCCAAAAGAAUCAGAGAUUGGUAGUUUUCACAUCAAAAUCUUCUAAGGAAACUUCUGAACAGAUUGCUUAUCAAUGGAGGUACACCGUUGAAAACCAAUAUGGGAAAGGUGGAAUGGAAGCUGGGAAAUGUCCCAACCGUGGAGAAUCCCCGGCAAUGAACACUACAACACGUUCAUUGAUAGUGAUGAACUAUUUUCCAGACAGUCCAGAUGUUACUCAAGCCUGCAAACACAAUUCGGCACCUCUGAUGGACAUGCUGAAUACUUGCUAUGAAGCAUCCGGAAAAAGGUGGCCUAAUUAUAUAGCUGUGGACUUUUAUAAGGUACCAGAUGGACAAACUAAUAUUUCAAUUCCCGUUCCAUAAUUUAAAAAUUUAACAAAUACAUACUCAAUUAAUUAACUUUUUUGGAUUGGUUAAAACUUUUGUAGAGAAGUGAUGGUGGAGGUGCUCCUCAAGUGGUUGACAGAGCCAAUGGUCAAAUGAUUUGUGGCUGUCCAAAUAUUCUGUCUUGCAGGGUAUCCUGAGCCUAACUUAUCUUAAACAUCUCUUGGUUUUGAAACUGCUACCUAUGCAAGUAAAUAUUCCCAUGAUCUUUGAAUGCCUAUAAUGCAGGAAAACAUGACCUUUGGAUCCUGUGACCCACCUAAAGGAGCCUAUGCACCUGAUGUAGCCGGUAAAAUCAAGACAAGUUUCGCAUUGUCAUGCCGAAGAUCAGUGGGAGUCCUCUGGCUGAUGACCACAUCUCUUACGGCCAUCCUUCUAUCAUUGUGAACAAGGGGAUCUAAUUUGCUGAUAGCGUUUCUUUGGGGGUUAAAGACAGACAUCUUACUGAUAAAUGCUCUAUUCCAAGAGGUUCUGCGUAUGCUCUAACCUUUAGUCAUUUGUCUGGUGGUUUCAAACUUUGAUUCUUGUGAUUGCUAGACUGUUUGAAACUGGAGAUAUGGUACUCAGUUACUUGGAUAUCCCUCUAUGGAUGAGAACGGGAUUACCGUUAGUCCUUCGGAUAAGUUGUACAUAGAUGAUAGAUCCAUGCUCUCCAUAAAUCUCAAUGAUUCAGUGAAGAUAGAAUCUGUACUCCUUACGAUUUUCUGAUUUCUAUGGGAUUCACUUUGUUGGAUCAAGCAACUGAUCUGGAGAUUUUGUUCUACAGAAAAGUUUAGAAAAAUACGAACUUGGAAACAUCUGGUUUUGGCUCUUUAUUGUGCUGCACUGCUGCUAUGGUUCGAAUUUUAUAGACAUGCGGUCAAAUGCAUUAUGAAUUUAGGAUGAUAACAUCGUCAUUUUGAUUUCUAUCAGUUCCAAU